UUCACUGUUAUUAUAAUUGUUGCACUGUAAAGCCUUACAGUUUUCCGAGGCAAAGUCAUAAAUAUUUCGUUUCACGCAAAAAAAUUAAAAAUCUGGAUUUUCACCUUUGUCUUCUACAUUUGCUUCCGGGUCAUUGCUGUCCCGAUCAUUGACCUUAGCAACCAGCCCGGGAGACGGUUGCCAUGGUAACGGCCGAUGCUCCGGUGUCGGGGACAGCGAGAGGCCCAGGAAAGAAAGCCUCCAGCUGCACAGAAGCUGAAGUUAUCAGCGAUGUGGAAACGUGGAACCAUAGUUGUUUUACAGCAAGAAUGGGCGUAGUGAACCUGGCAAAAAGAUAUACAACCAUCACCAGAAUGGCUUACUUAAUUUCAUCUGUACUUUCUACAAUUUUAGGGAUAGAAACAAUACAAGGAUGCUGAAAGUCUUAACCGGAAUGAAAGAAGUGGUGUUCCUGUAAAUACAACUUUAGAAAUUGUGUGAAAUCUUUUAACCAUGUCUAAUGUAAACGAAUCUCUAAAAAAGUUGAGGAACUCCAAGAGAGAGGAAAAUGUAUACCUUGCACAACACCCUGAAUGUAUCUACCGACCACCCAUUGAGGUGCUUCUCUGUUCAUCAGUGAAGGAUUUUCAAAAGGAAAGAAAGUAUUUAAAAAGCGAUAUAUUUCCUAUUUUAAGUGAUUUCUGCAAAACCAGAAGAAGCUGCUUUAAAGUAAUGGAUAUACAUCAAACUCUGAAAGAGGGAUAUCACCACACAAACACAAAGUCCCACCAGCUAAAGAUAACGCUAGAUUAUAUCACCAAGCACUCCCCUUUCCUCCUUUGCUUGUUAGGUGAAACAUAUGGUGACUAUAGCACAACAUGCUUUUCAGCGAAAGAAUCAGAUAUAGAAGGAUUAUCCGAGCUAGAAAGGAAUAUAUACAUCGCAGCAAAUAACGGUUAUUCUUGGAUAUUGAAUGAACCCCACCUAACCUGCAGUCUGAUGGAGCUUGAGAUAACCGAAGCAGCUUUUUUAAAUGACUCUCGAUCCAGCUUCUUUUACUAUCGAGAUCCUCAGCACAUUGAUGAUAUACUUCUGAAUGUCCCACAAAAUAAAAGACAGCCCAUAUAUAAUAUCUACAAAAGCAGAGAUCAUGAGGAAGAAAGGAAGAUAUGGGAGUUGAAGGAAAAAAUAGUCAAUAAAGGAUUACCUGUCACAUUUUUUAGGACAUUAGAAGAAUUAGGGGAAGCGGUCUUGAAAGAUUGGAGAAAUAUAAUUGAUAAGUUGUAUCCCAUGGAUUCAGUUCAUUUGAGUACAGAUCAUGAGAGUUACCUCGAACUUUCUUAUCAUGAAGCAUUUGCCCAAAAAUAUUGCAAAGUAUUUGUGGAAAAUGCAGAAACGCAGAGAGUUUUUGAAAUUCUGGACGCAUUUGCUGCUUUUCCACAAUAUGAUGGGACACAAAAUGGUGAUCAAAUUGAAGACAAUAGCAAGAUAACUGACCUUAAACAAGCCAGUCACUCAAGUAUCGUGGAGCCAAGGCCAAACAUUACAUUUGAUUGUAAUUCUCUCCUAUUGCUUUCUGGAGAUAGAGGCUGUGGCAAGACAGCCAUGAUCUGCAACUGGCUAAAAUACUUCAGGAAGGAAAAUCCCAAUGUCCUGGUAUUAUCUCAAUAUGUUGGAUGCAGUUCUGCCAGUUAUGACAUCAUGUCUUUCAUGAGACGCUGUAUUUUAAAACUACGUCUUGAAUAUUUUGGAGCUGAAGAUCAGCCCAGUGUUUUCAGUGAGAAUCCAACAGAUGUAUGGAUAUUUCACAUGCUUUGUGAGGCCUUCAUAGCAGCAAUUGGUUUGAAGCCAUGUGUGCUUGUGAUAGAUGGAGCCGACAGGCUAUGCGGGACCCGUGGGUUAUCAGCACAGCAGGUAAAGGAAUUUUCAUGGCUUCCACAAUUUCUCCCAGCUCAGUGUCGACUUAUUGUAACAACUGUCGUUUUCAACAUGGCCUAUAUAUCACUGUCAAAGCAUCAAGAUGUAAAGGUGGUGCAUAUUUCCAGUGUACCGAACUAUGAAGAACAAGCCAAGAUUUUCCAGGCACAUCUGACUGGGCACCAUGAAGAAAUAAGUCAGAGCCAAAUUAAAAAUAUUAUGAGUAUAAAACUGAGUUGCUUACCACUAGUCUUGGUUAUUUUGGCUAAUGAGCUCCAAAUAUCUGGACCAUUCAGAAAGGCUGAUUAUCUGGAGGAAUACCUUGCCUGUCACACUAUUCCGGAGCUGUGGAAUGCUGUCCUAAAGCGAUGGAUUGAAGACUACAGUUGGAUUAAGGACAUAGGAACAACUACGAGAGGAAAUGACAUCGCUACCUCUGCUAGUACUUCUGAUUGCUCCAGCUCAGGACCGACGGGAUGGGUAGUUGAUGUCCUUUGUCUGCUUAGUAUAUCACGUUGCGGAUUAACUGAAGUGGACAUCCAUCAGCUUCUGGUGUAUCUGGGCUACAAUGGGGCAGACAAGGUCAGCAAAUACGACUGGAUUCUUUUCCGGGCUGCAUCCAUGGAGUGGAUACAAGAAAUGCCAGAUGGACUGCUGAAUUUCACUCACCACUCUGUACAGGAUGCUGUAGGAUAUUUCCUACUAGGUACUAUUGUUCCAAUCAAAGAAUCCACUUUAAAAAGUCCAUUUACGUGUAAAAGGAGCAGAUUUCACCAUCUAUUUCAAGAGUAUUUGUCACGGCAGUCUUACACUCUGAAACUUUACCAGGAGCUACCUUGGCAUCUGAAAACAAGUGGAGAUUUCUCUGAUUUAUGUACCUUUCUAACUAAGCCUCUAAUCAUGUAUACAAUUUACGAGAAUUCAAAGCAUUCAUACCAGUUGAAAAUGGACCUUGUCUGUUACUGGGAUGUGUUAUCAAAGGCAGGAUUUGAUCCUGCAGUUUCCUAUCAAAACAUGGUAGAUGAAUUGUUGGCCACAUCCAAUCUAUCAGCAGGAUUGAAAUAUAAAUCGACAUUCACAGAUAGUUACAGCAAAGCGAUGAGGUACAACAAAUGUGUUCAAGCUGCCUUGAUAUGUUUUACUGCCGAGUUUCUGAAAGAACUCAAGAAGACCACAGCAGCAGAACAAUUGCUCCUGAUUGCCCAGUCUUUGCUGCCAAUGUCAUGUCCUUUGAACCUGAUGGAAACAGAGAUUCAUUUUAAAGUGCACUAUUGCAUUGGAGAAAUGAGCCUCACUGCGGGAAAUUUGCAGAAUGCAGAAAAGCAUUUUCAAAGGGCUUUGCACAGCAUUGAUUAUGCACCGAAAAACCUCAGGAAAUAUCUUCCAGAUAUUAUAAUUUGCACAGUGCAGUUGUUGUGUAAACUGGCUAAUUUAAUGAUGAAUGAAGGCUCCCCCAAAGUUGAUGAGAUCCUACUCAAGACAAAGAAAAUGAUAAAAAAAAUCCACAGUCCAUACGGAGAAGCAAACUUUAAAAUUCUUGAAGGUUUCCAGAACAUCCAUGUCGGAAUAUUUUCUGUUGCUGAACAAUGUUUUCGAUGUGCUCUGGAUAUCAGGCAGAAAUGGUAUGGUGAAUUACAUCCCCUUGUUGGUGAGCUAAUGGAAUUCCUGGGGGAUAUAUUAUCCAGUUAUGAGGCAUCAAAGAGGAGUCAAGCAGAAGGGAUUUAUAGACAAGUGAUCAAGAUUCAAGAGGAAGCCGGGCGGCAAGCCACAUCUCCAGAGAGUCGAGAACAAGUCGAUCUCAACAAAGCCCUUACAAUUUCAAAACUAGGUAGACUUCUGCAAAAUGACGUGAGUUAUAAGGUCAAAAAGGAGGCAGCAGAAUGUUUACGUCAGUCAUUUGACCUUCUAACCAAGCUGCUAGGUUCAAAACAUCACCUAACAAUGGAUGUUCAAAGGUCACUGAAACAGGCAGAGUUACAAAUCCACAAAGAUUUUGCAUUUUUCAAGAGGCCGGUGAUCCCAACAUCUGAAAAAUCCUCAGGUCUACCAUCAACAAAGGAAAAUAUCCUGACCAGUCCUCGUCUCACUUCCAAAAAGCUUCAAACAACGAAGAAUGGUCUUCGGACAGCGGCCAGUUUAAAACCUGCAAAAACAAUAGGGGAGACACAAACAGAUGUCUGUCCUGCAAUACGGGCUGGUGUGAAAUGUGAGGACGACGAAUCUACUCUGGCACAGGAGGAUUUGGCCAGUUCAAGUUCUGCUUUGAAUUUACAUAUUUGCAAACGCAAUUUGCCUCAAAGACCAUGUCCGUUAAUGGUGCAACAAGGAAGUAAAUGUCCAGUUAUAAAAAGGAAUUCAACUGCAUUGGCCAAAAACCAUACCCAGGCUGCUUCAGCAUUCAAGCCAUUAGCUACCAACAAACAAGCUACUUUUGCGCAAGGCAUUAAUUCCUUAACACCACCUUCAAGAACCAUUCCUUCAGAAAGAAGACUUUGCUUGGCAUCGUUCAUCCUGGCAGCUUCGAACAGUUCCAGACCUUUGCUGCCCAAAAGACGGACAAUAAGAAGGAAUAGUGAGAUGGCUUGAAAGAAGUUUUGUGCUUCUUUGCUGAUGUACAUUGCCAUAAAGCAGUAGGAUUUGGGUAUCCCAGAGUUGCUCUUAGACAUACGGAUUAGACUAUUAAUGACAGCCACAUAGUCAAAUUGGAAGACUGAAAAAUUGGAAAGUGAAACAGCCAACAUCAUUCUCAAGUCCUUCUUGGUUCACAAAGCAUGUCCCUAAAUGUUUUAUUCGCUAAGAGUUGAGGAUGUUGAAUGUUCAUGAAUAAAGAGCUAAGCCAUAAAUACAAUCUCAUCUUUCUUUAUUAUCAAAACUCACUACAGGGGACACCACAAAUUGAGAAUCCUGAAGCACAAAGUGAGAGAAGUUUGGCUUUGGUUGCCACCACCGUUAUUACUGUGUGCAGGGCGGCACAGUCGUGCAACGAUAGAGUUGCUGCCUUACAGCACCAGAGACCAGGGUUCGACCCUGACCGCAGGUGCGGUCU